UGCCGAAGAAUAGAAUGCACAUGUAUAAGCACGGUUUCGGUUGUGUACGUUAUCACAUCCUAAAAUUCUAUCCAAUACGUCUAUUUCUGGCAUCUAUUUGUGACAUACACGGUGUUGGUGUAUAUACGUGUCUGUAGUGCAUAUAAGACAUCGUAUGCGCUAAAUCGAGCAGUAUUGUGGAUGUCCUGUUAAGUUGUUUGAAAGUUAAGUCUAGUAUUAAUAUAUUAACAGUUCAGUAUAUAAAUUAAUCAUCAUGUAUUCCGCAAAAACUCCACGCAUUCUUUCAAUUCAGAGUCACGUAGUGUCAGGAUAUGUCGGGAAUAAGAGCGCUACUUUUCCGUUGCAGUUGUUAGGCUUUGAAGUUGAUGCAAUUAAUUCCGUACAAUUGUCCAAUCAUACCGGCUAUAAAGUCGUUGAAGGCCAGAUACUUGACGAUAAAAAUCUAGAUGACCUAGUCGAUGGUCUUACGCAGAAUAACUUGGAUAAAUACACAUAUCUACUUACUGGCUAUGUUGGUUCAGCUUCUUUCCUAAAAAGAAUAUCGCUGCUGGUUACAACAUUAAAACGCAAAUACCCAAAUCUUAUCUAUGUUUGUGAUCCUGUCAUGGGUGACAAUGGAAAGAUGUAUGUUCCUGAAUCUCUGAAGAAAAUUUAUAAGGAGGAGAUAAUACCAUUGGCAGAUGUGUUAACACCAAAUCAAUUUGAAUUGGAAUUAUUAACAGAUAAAAAAAUUACCAGUAUGAGUGAACUGCAAAAUGCAUUAAAGGAAUUGCAUCAAAUUGGGCCACAAACUAUAGCUGUAUCUUCAACCGAGCUUAACAGCAAAUUAACAGCAGUAGUUAGUGCUACAAAAGAUGAUACGUUAAUUAAGAUGGACAUUCCUAAAAUACCAGCAACUUUCACAGGCUCUGGAGACCUCUUUGCUGCGCUAUUUCUUGCACAUAUACACUUACAAAAUGACAUUAAAAUUGCCAUGGAAAAAACUCUAAACUCUCUGUACAGUGUAUUACUUAAUACUUAUGAAUAUUCAAAAACGUAUGCGAGUGAUGAAUCACAACCUGCUAGAAAGAUCGAGUUACGGCUGAUACAAAGCAAAAACAAUAUUGAAAAUCCUGAAACCCGUCUAAUUGCAGAACCCCUUUGACGCGCGAUAGAUUAAGUUAAGAAAAAGUUCAAAAGCUGUUUAUACAUACACACACAAACACACACGUUUAUAUAUACAUAAUUAUAUUUGUUUAUUAUAUUUUAUUAUAGAGAAUUGUGGACAAUAUAUUAUAUAUAUAUGUAUUAUAUGGAAUGUAAAACGUUUAUGACGCUUAACUAAACUAAAUGUGCACUUGUUGAGCCGCACAUAUCGCAUUUACAUUGACGCGAGGAAAGGAUAUAGAUUUACCUAAAGAUUAAAUAUUAAAACACAAGACCAAUGUAUUUGUCUUCCAGAAUAAUACAAAACUGACACUAUUAACUUA